GAAAUCGCUGCGAUAACCGCGCUACUAUAACUACUAUAUCCCACAUAUCAUUAAUUCAUUAUGUUUACACUUCAACCGAAUCCGGCUACGAUAGGAGCAGUGCCCUGGUCAGCUGGGGCUCUUAUUGAAAGGUUGCCGACUUUAGAUGAUAUGUCCCAUAAAGACAAUAUUCUUGCUAUGAGAAAUCUGCCCUGCUUGGGCGUUCCAAGUGGCAGCGGCCUGGGCGGUAUUGGUGGGAAGGCCACUACAACUGUUCCGAUGGCAGCCCCGGACGCGACCACAGUUCCACAACCACAUUCAACAUCAUCGUACUUUACUACUACAUAUUACCACUUAACAGAUGAUGAAUGUCACAGUGGGGUAAAUCAAUUGGGUGGCGUUUUUGUAGGAGGUAGACCAUUACCCGAUUCCACCCGACAAAAAAUCGUGGAGCUUGCGCAUUCUGGAGCUCGACCUUGUGAUAUUUCUCGGAUUCUUCAAGUUUCUAAUGGAUGCGUUAGUAAAAUUUUAGGGCGUUAUUACGAAACUGGAAGCAUUCGUCCACGAGCCAUUGGAGGCUCUAAGCCACGCGUUGCAACUGCUGAAGUUGUUAGUAAGAUAUCACAAUACAAACGUGAAUGUCCUAGUAUAUUUGCAUGGGAGAUUCGCGAUAGAUUAUUGCAAGAAAAUGUUUGCACAAAUGACAACAUACCCAGUGUGUCAUCAAUAAACCGAGUGUUGAGAAAUUUGGCGGCACAAAAGGAGCAACAAAGCGCGGUCCCAACUACAACCAAUGCCAAUUUGAGUCCAAACAGUGGUGUUUGUAAUAAUAAUGACAAUGGUGGGGAAGGUACCCUUGGCAACAAUUUACAAGUAGCCGGUGGAUCGGGAUUAAGCUCCACGAGUGAUGUGAAACAGACAGCCACUCCAUUAAACUCGUCAGAGAGCGGCGGGGCUAGUAAUUCUGGAGAAUGUAGCGACCAAGAGUCCAUUUAUGAAAAACUACGUAUGCUGAACACACAUCACUCUUCAGCAAUAGAUCCACCAUCUGCUCCGAUGGCAUCUGCUCUUCAUGGUCAACACCAUAUUUCGACCGGGUCAAAUCAUUUUGGCGCACAUCAUCAUUCGCAUGUGAACCAUCUACAUGGCCACCAUCAGCAGACCCAACAGGGCUGGCAGGCUCGUCAUUAUUCAACCGGUUCCUGGUAUGCGGCUCCUCUUAAUGCAAAUGAUAUUCCUUCAUCUUCCUGCUUAAUAUCCGCGGGUGUAUAUGGAAGCAGUGCCGUGGGAGCUGUACCUGGUCCUAGUUCCAGUCAUCCGUUGACUCCGCCCAGCGAUCUAGCAAGUCUAUCAGCGUCAACCACUCACAUUAACAAUUCCACUAUAAACGCUGACGAUGUAAUGCUGAAAAAGGAGAUCGAUGGCCACCAGUCAGACGAAACGGGCUCUGGUGAAGGGGACAAUUCUAAUGGUGGUGGAUCCAAUAUUGGAAAUAGUGAAGAUGACCAAGCGCGAUUAAUUCUAAAAAGAAAAUUGCAAAGAAAUCGAACAUCAUUCACAAAUGAACAAAUUGAUAGUCUAGAAAAAGAGUUUGAAAGAACUCAUUAUCCGGACGUUUUCGCGCGAGAGCGAUUAGCGGGAAAGAUUGGAUUACCUGAAGCAAGGAUACAGGUUUGGUUUUCAAAUCGUCGGGCUAAAUGGCGUAGAGAGGAAAAACUACGUAAUCAACGGCGAACUCCAAACUCAACCGGAACGAAUGGGGGCACAUCGUCUUCAACGUCAGCGACAGCAUCCAUGACUGACAGUCCAAACAGUCUGGGCACGUGCUCUUCAAUGUUAGUUGGAUCUGCAAACAAUGCGCUUAAUGGGCUAUCAUCGCCAAGUUCAAUUGUGGCACAAACGGUUAGAGCUGAUACCCCCUCUUCCGAUGCUGCGCACCACGCACGUGCAGGAGGUCUAGCACAUAAUAUUCCCGCUAGUCGUUUGAGCGACGAUAGGGGUAACGCUUGCUCCCCGAGCUUGGGAAUUGCUGAUCAGCAGCAUCACCAUCAUCACGCGCCCCAUUCUCUUGUUCCACCUAUAUCACCACGGCUCAACUUCAACAGUGGAUUUAGUGGGUCCAUGAGCACCAUGUAUUCGAAUAUGCACCACACCGCGAUAUCAAUGAGUGAAGGAUAUGGAUCUCAAAACUUUAGUCAUGCGCCAAUACUGGCGUCACCUUCGACAGUAUCCCAACAAAGAGAGCUAACACCGCCCUCUAUGUAUCCCUGUCAUAUGUCACUGCGCCCACAACCUAUAACAUCACACCACAUUCUUGGUGUUGGGGUAGGCGUCGGAGGUGUUGCAACUGGAGGCAGCACUGCCUGUAAUAGUCCUACUGUUAACAUUGUUAACCCGCAUCCAAACAGCAAUAAUGUCACUAGUUACGAGAUGCUGUCUGCUUAUGGAUUACCUCCCACGCAAGCCCAGCCUCAAACUUCGACAGCUUCAGCUACAUCAACAUCUGAAGAAAAUACGAAUUCUAUAACCCAUCAUCACAAUAUAGAACAACGUCAAGCAGCUUGUAGUCCAAAUCAAAUAAGUGUAUCCGGAGGCAGUUUUGGCUCUGAAAAUAUAUCGGCAACAUCACCGUCUAUGCCAUCAUAUGCACACAUGAGCUACAAUUAUGCAGCUGCAGCUGCAGCCAAUAGCAUAACACCGUCGGGGAACAGUAAUCCGGGAUCGCAUGGGUCGGGAAAGCAACAGUUCUUUGCUUCCUGUUUCUAUUCACCGUGGGUUUAAUUUAUGAUAUUCGAGUGGAAAGAGUAGAGUUAGAAAGACUACAAGUUGGGUGAGAUAAUCUAGCCUCCUCCAACUAUGACUAUGAUUAUGAUAUUAUGCUCGUUAGCUGUACUAUAAUUAUGUACUUAAAAUAUUACAUGCAAAUCGAAUUUACAUAUCUCUAAUUCAAUAUUUAAAAUAACUCAUCCAACGUAAGCCAUCAAGGUUGUCGAAACUGUUUACAUAUGUAUGUAUAUACCGCUCGUGGAAUCACCCAGUAAAGUAACCGAAAUAAAUGUGAAUAAA